AUGAGGAUCCCAUCCGGUUUACUUGGCUUUGAUGGAAAGCCUGUCAAAGGAGAAAUAUGCUUGAAAGGCGGCGGUGACAAUGGGAAGCUUCAUGAAGAGGGUAUGAAGCGGGAAGGUAACCAUUUUACCUGCUACGCUCUCACCGCAGAAGGCGAUGCCAUCACACCAUGCUUUAGCAUAAACUCAGGUGUUGUUGAAUUCGUUGACGUGGUCGUCGAUGGUAUCUUACGAGCUUCGCAUAGCAACGAGAAAGCCACCCAGGCAUUCAGCAAGAAAUUUGAAUGGGUGGCAGGUCAAGUUAAGAUACGCAACAAAUAUGUCGGAAAGACCUACCAGUUACAAAUAAAAGAGCGGAACAUCAAAAAGGCACGAAAUGUUAAGGGUGGCGCACCUCAUUCAGUCGGUAGCAUCGAAAUACAAAUAUUCCGCCAAGGCCCCAAUUCUCACAAGGCUCACGCAAAGGAUCCUGAUUCUGAUGAUACCUCAUCAUCAUCAAGCGAAGAACCCGCGGAUCUCGGCCAUGAUGAUCGUGCACCCACGUUCGAAGAUCAUAGCGAAUGGUGGAAUCUUAAUCCAUGUGUUGACGAGGACGCAAUCCUUCCUCCGCCUUUCGAAGUUGGUGGCGUGGGCCAUAAAAAGCUGCAGGAUUCCCUAAGAGAUUGCAUUGUGAGGAAAUGGCCAGGUAACUUCAAGCUUUGGGCCUCAUUCCGAUUCUUGCUCUUCUCUACUACCGAUUUUCACAAAUUGGGCUUCCUGAAUACCCCGGACUAUGAGGGGACGUCGUGGAGUGACAUGAAAUUAAACUUGAAGAAAUCGCCUCUGAAGGAUGUCCCACGAACUGCUAAGGCUACUUCCGUCGUUGAUACCGGUACCCAUGAUAAGGAUGGUGAUGCCGGCAAUCUGGUGCCAGAGUCAGAGGAUGAUACUGAUGAGCCUGUAGAGAUUAUCAAAGGCAAAGAAGUCCACAAAAAGAUUGUUAAGAGCAGUGCUUCUGGAGGAACCGAGGCAUCUGCCUUGUUGGCUAAGGUAAUGGGGUCGGCUGAAAAGAAGAAUAUGAUCAUCAAAGAUCCUUAUUCAUCGGAAAUGCAUGACGACAGCUCUGAUGCUGAAGUCAUCGAAACUGUGUCAAAGCCUGUUCAUCUUUCAGGUGCUUCUCAACUUACUGUUCAUAAUAGCGAGCAGGCUAGCGAGCUUGAAGACGCCGCGCUUCUUGCACCGAAUAUCAAGGUUGAGAGGGUUAAAUUGACUGACGAUGGUGUUGUCCAAGGCAAUCAAACUCGUACAAACCGCAAGAAAAAACCACUUUCUAUGCUCGGCGUCGAGGGAGCCCCAGCAAGAAAGGCCUGGGAAAAUCCUGCUCGUUCUGAAUGGUAUCGACGCAAUGUGUUAGGCUCAGGUUCAGACAACUUUAGUACGAUCAAUACUGAUCCAAUGCAUACAGAUCAAGAAUUUACCUUGUCAGACAAGGCUCAGCUUUUAUCUUCGGAUGACCCGGAGCACCUGAGACAGUCCUCUGUGCCGUGUGUGAUUGGAGGCACACCCAAGAAAGACAAUUCGGCUCGUUUUAAGUCAGUCGGUGUUGAGGCAAGUGGUCCAUCCUGGGAGCCAAUGACCCCUCCAGCAUCAUCAAAGAAAGAAGGUACGAAGCACUUCCACGACUUCGGAGAGGAAAAACGUGUAUUAUCAGGAAACUUGAAUGGAGCAAACCGAAUUGAAUCAGCGGCUCGUGUUAUCAUCACUAAAGACAACUAUAGUGACAAUAGUAGCCGUGAAGCAAGUCCAUCAAUUGAAUUUCGCCAGAGGGUUGCAGAAAGAAAAGCUGAGAAGGCUCUGCAACGUGGUCUAGGACUCAGCUUCGAACAACCAGCCCUAAAUUUUGAAAAACCUGUCCCGUCUCUAGAGGCUGACAUGAUGGAAAGUAAUUUCGCUGAGUUCAUUUACGACUCUCCCCAGCCUGAAGAUACAGAAAUGAUCGAUGCUGUUGAAGGCGAACUUGAGCCAAAGCUGAGCGCAGAAAGAUCGACAUCGCCUGAGGCUGAUCCCCGAUCUACAAAUACAAAGCAAGAUCAAGAUUCUAUGGACAACGCCUCGCCUUCGCAAUCUCAAGAUUUUACCGCAUCCCAAGACAAUGAAUAUGGUUCUCAAACACCCACAGAAGAGGCCUCACAGAGCGUGCUUGAAGAUGUCGCAAAGAUGCAAAGAAUUGAAAAGGCCAAACGAUAUCCAUCAAGUGCUAUCCUUGAGGAAAAUGCCAAAAGAUCUAACAAAUCACGUCAACUCGAAGUCCCAUCAGAAAUUGACAUGAUUAGUUCCGACAGCAAUGAUUUGCCUGCCACAGUCGCGAAGUCUAACAGCAAACUCGAUGAUACACCUGUCGAUAUUGGAAACCAACAGGACAGUCGGCAAGAUUCUCCUCUCAAGGCUGAUGAGUCUAACAUAGUAGUUGCCCCAGUUAAGCCAGCCAAACAGCCAAAGGCGAGAGUCCCAGCUGCUGCCAAAUCCUCAUCUGCUCCAAAGACAAAGUCCACGCCCGUUUCAAAGGCACCAGCUUCUCAGAAGACAAGCGCCACUCAAAAGGCUCCAGCUGCAAAAGUUGAACGCUCUUCAAAUGUCCCAGCUCAACCUGAGCUAUCUCAAGUCAAGCCAAAGAAGCCAGCCCCAAAGAUGCAAAAGGAUGUAGGUGGCCCAAAGACAGCAAAAGCUGCAAUACCUGCCGUCGCGGAAGAAACCACCACAUCUAAGCCCAAGGCUAAAGCCAGGGCUAAGGCCGGAACAAAUGAAAAGCGCAAAGCUGAUCAAAUGACCUCUGCCGGUAGCAGUUCGGGACCAAAUAAGACAAAUUCAUCUCCCGCUUUGAAGCAAACUUCUAUCGUUGAACGUGAAACAGCAGCGGCAGAAGCACGUAUGCAAGCAGCUACAGGCAAGAAGCGAGCUUUGGAAGAUCAGUUGGAGGCAGCCCGGAAUAUGAAGGUGCAGAUGGAAAAAGUAUAA